AUGCGGCAAUGCCAGCGCUUGUCCUGCCGAUUGAUCGCCACCAGGAGCAAGAGCUCGAUCGCAUUGCGGCAGGAGCAAGAAUUCGUCCAGCUAGUGCGUUCUUGCACCGCUUCCAGGGAUAUUUCGCGCGGGCGGCGCGUGCACGCCCAGAUCUGGAGCCAUGGCCUCUCCACCGACGUCUUCCUAUGCAAUGCGCUGCUCCACAUGUAUGGCGAAUGCGGCAGCGUCCGCGAGGCGCGGGAGAUCUUCGACGGCAUGGACGAUCACAGCAAGAACAGGUUCUCCUGGAUCACGAUGCUCACCGUCUACGCGCACAACGGCAGGCCCUGGGACGCCAAGAAUCUCUUCGAUCGCAUCCCCGGCGGCAGAGAUUCCGUGGCGUGGAGUUGCCUCAUCGGCGCAUUUGUCAAGAUCGGGGAUCUUGAGCACGCAAGGCACGUUUUCGAUCUCCUCCCGCGCUGGACCGUCGUCACAUCCACGGCGAUUCUUGUGGCGCUGGCGAAGCGUGGCAAGCCCGAGGACGCCAGAGCGAUGUUCUUGACGAUGCCGGAGAGAGAUCUGGUAGCGCAGGCGAUGUUUUUCCGGAUGCCGGCCAGGAACUUCGUCUCCUGGAACGCGAUCAUCGACGGAUGCGCGCAGGGCCAGGAUGAAGCGCUCGCCAAGAAGGUGUUCGAUUCGAUGCCCCAGCGAGAGGUGGUGUCAUGGACGGCGAUGGUAGCAACAUAUAGCCAGAGCGGGCGAUUGGAGGAAGCGCGAGCUCUCCUCUCCAAGAUGCCAGCCUUGAACAUCGUCUCUUGGAACGUGAUGAUCCAGGCGUUCGCGGACAAUCUCCUGGUGGAGGACGCCAAGGAGCGCUUCGAUCGAGCGCCCGAGCACGACUUCGUGUCUUGGAACGCGAUCAUCACGGCCUACGCGCAGACCAGCCAGAUCUUCCUCGCGAGAGCGGCCUUCGAUCGAAUGCCCCAGCGCGACGUGGUAUCCUGGGCGACGAUGAUCCAGUCGUAUGCCCAGGAGGGGCAGCCCAGCAUGGAUCAAGCGAAGGAGAUCUUCGACAGGGCGCCGCAGAGGAACGUCGUCUCCUGGAACGUGAUGAUCACGGGCUACUCGGCGAGCGGCCGGAUCAAGCAGUCCCGGGGGCUGUUUGAGAGGAUGCCAAUGUGGAAUCUCAUCUCCUGGACGAACGUGAUCGUGGCGUGCACGCGACGGGCAGCUCGAUAG